CGUCGAGCAGUUAACCCAUUUCGUGUCGUGGCAUAGCAGCGCGAACACGUGUUGUUUCGGAAUGGCGAAGAAGAAACUGAAGCAGAAGGAAGACGAGGUGGAGGAGGUUACGUCGGACGAACCUGCCGCUAAGAAGGUGAAAUGGAUCAACAGACAACGGGUGCUGGUGUUUGCGACUCGAGGUAUCAACCACAGGCAUCGACAUCUCAUGGAGGACCUGAGGAAACUGAUGCCGCAUCACCGUGCGGAGUGCAAGAUGGAACGCAGCAGGAACCUGCAAGUGGUGAACGAGAUGUGCGAGAUGAAACACUGCAACAAGGCUGUCCUGUUCGAAGGCCGGAUGAAGCGAGAUCUUUACGUGUGGCUCGCCAAUGUGCCCACUGGCCCGAGCGCAAAGUUUCUCGUAGAGAAUAUUCAUACAAUGGGAGAGCUGAAGAUGACAGGAAACUGCUUGAGGGGCUCUCGGCCGUUACUGUCGUUUGAUGAAAAUUUUACUACUCACGCGCACUACAUUCUUCUGAAGGAAUUGCUGACGCAGAUCUUUGGUGUGCCAAAUCAUCAUCCUAAAAGCCAGCCGUUCAUCGAUCAUGUAUACACGUUUACUAUUCUGGACAACAGGAUAUGGUUUCGAAAUUUCCAAAUCUUAACGGAGGACGGCGCAUUGACCGAAAUUGGCCCGAGGUUCGUCUUGAAUCCGGUCAAGAUAUUCGGUGGGAGUUUCGGCAGUGACACCUUGUGGGAUAAUCCCCAUUAUAUUUCCCCUGCUAAGUUUCGGCAAUCCUUGAAGAAGAAGGCUGCCAACAAUUAUACAAACAGAGUGGAGCAGAAAAUGGUACGACAGGCAACUAAACCAGAAUUCUCUUAUGCAUUUAAUCCCACAGAUGAGAUAUUUAAGGGUGAUGCAUUGGAGAAAGCAAUAGAAAUGGAAGAAAAAUUUAAGACUGAUAAAAGUGAAAACGUAAAAGAACCUGUGAAAAUCAAAGGGAAAAAUAAGGUGAGACAGAUAAAAAAGAAGCCUGCUGUAGCUAAAAAAGAGAAUUAUUUAACAUCUAUAUUUAAGACAAGUAAAAUUAAUAUGAUUUUAAACAAUAAAUAAAAUCUCACUUUUAAGUGAUUUUAUGUUAGAUCUAUUUAUGAAAUAAAUGUGUUUAAUACUAAUAUUUGCGAAACAAGGAUAUCCG